AAAUGGGAGACUUGUGGCCACCGAGCGGUGGUCAAACAUGGCGCUUGAUAUCACAGGCAAUCGAUGACUCUCGUAUGGCAUUCAAUCGAGCGUGCGUCCACUUGGAAGCAUGGCAGAUUGUUUCGUACACACUAUCGAUGGUGUUCCUGGCAAUUUGGUUCAAAGAACUUAUGAAAUCUGAUCGAACUCUUGUGCAACGUAUCAGAGCUUUUGUUAUUAAAGAAGAGAUCUUUUCUGCGGUUAGAAAUAUUCCAUGGAUAAAACGUCAAAUUGAAGAAGAAAUGGAAAAAGCCAGAAAAGAUUUGGAGGAGACCAUACAUCAAACAGAUAUCAAGAAGGAAUUCUACAAAUUUCUACCGGAACGUGGUCUGCCACCGGACGCAAUUUUGAGUGAAGCUGAAAUGUACGACAAAAUGAGCGAGUAUAGAAUGUACGAUGGUCGUAUCUCGGGCGUUGUGUAUGCUGAUUAUGACGAAGAGCAUAGAAAAUUGAUCGAAAGGGUUAGUCGAUCUUCGUUAUUCAUUGAUCAUUUAGAUGGUGAUAUCGAAACUUUUCACAUAUGCGAAAUCAGCCGACAGUUGAAUAUUAAUAGGACUGAAUAUCUGGUUGCAUCUGCGCCGAAUUUCCCCACAGGCACGGUCGAUAACAUUGAAGCGAUCUCUGAGUUAGCACAACGUUAUGGUAUACCACUGCACGUAGAUGCAUGUCUUGGUGGCUUUUUGUUACCAUUCAUGGAAAGAUGCGACUUCCCGUCACCAGCGUUCGACUUCCGUGUUUCGGGUGUUACCUCGAUCUCGGUCGAUACACAUAAAUACGGUUUUGCACCGAAAGGUUCGUUUGUUUACAGUCAUCAUUUGUUCGUAUCGUUCACGUCGAUCGCUCGAACCAUAUGUACAUCGUUGAUUCUCUAUCGUGAAAUCAGCCUUCUACACCAUCAGUAUUUUUGCAACGGGGAUUGGUCGGGUGGUAUAUACGCGACACCAACCCUCAGCGGUACUCGUAAUGGUUGUGCUAUCGCGCUUUCAUGGGCAACACUACUCUAUUAUGGCAGACAU